UUGGUUGUAUUUGUGUUAUAUGGGAGUAUGGUGUGAGAGAUUGUUUCUGUCAUUCACCCAACACUUUAUUAAUCUACAGUGCAACAGAGGAGCAGCAAACUCAACACUUUCAGCAGCAGCUUCUGAUACUAACAGAGCCAACAUGCAGAACGCAGAGACCGUGUCAGCAACUAUAACCACCAAUAGGAACUGUACAGUGGAGAUCACCAAUGUCACCACUGCUUAUUGCCUCAUCAACCCAAAGGUGUACAUGUUCAGUGGGUUUAGUUGCCAUCCUCCCCAGCCCACCAUCCGCACCACCAGGACCGAGGUUUGCUCAUUCACUAAGGACGACAACACAGCCACCGGGGCAGUGGGCCUCUUGACCUAUGACCUCUUCCAAAUGAAGAACCGUAUGUGCACUGAGCGCGUGGCUGUUCUGUUCUCUGUGCCCUUUGACUACCAUCUCAACAAGAAUGUGUUGGGCAUCGGGAUGUUCGAGAGCAGCCGUGGAUGUGACAAGGCCCUAUACAAGCACAUGUACGAGGGCAAGGACUUCAGUCAGUUUACCCGUGUAGAAGCAGCCGGAUCUGGAAUUGUCCACAAGGGACAAAACAUAGACUUAAGGGCGACCAUGUCCAAUGUGGGCAAGGCUAUCAUUAAACUGGAGCUCUAUGAUAAGAUGGGUCAGUAAAAAAAAAAAUGUUUUUAGGAAACUUGUUCCCUUUUGACAAUUCAUUUAUUGAAAGAUUUCAAAAUAGUUUUAAAUACUUUUGAUUACUCAAUUAUCCAAAAUGAUAUGCAAAAAUGCAUAAUGCAAAAUGUUUGUGUUUUUUGCAAACUGGUCUUAUGAAAAUGAUGUGACUGUGGUGACAUUUUUGCAAAAUUAUAUUCAAUGAUUUAUUGUAUGUAUCACGGCAGUUCUGGGGUUAAAUGUUCAUGUAUGGCACACACACACACACACACACACACACAAAAGAGUCAAAUGUUCUCCCAAACAGAUUAUUUAGGUUAAUGCUCUAUUACAUUUUGAAUCCACAAAACCUACAACCCUACCCUAAAUCUUAACCUUAAAGCUAAAGCAAACUGAUAGUGUCAUACAAGGAAAUGUGUGAUGAAAAACACAAUUGCUGAAGUAACCAUGUCAUUUUAUGGUUCUUCUAUGACACUUUUGGAUCAAGUGUCAACCUGCAUGCUCUUCUGGACUCGUACCCCAGACCUCUGCAUUGCACGUGCUUGUAAAUGUAGCUGGUUAUAUAAUGCAAACAUUAAAAUGUAUAAGACAUGUGUUAGAGUAAAAUUGUUUAAUGUCAUAAGAUAGCAUUAUAGGUGUCUUUUAACUAAACAUCUGCCGUUUUACUCGUGAUUUGUGCGAAUAAGAAUAAAGGGCAUUGUAGUUGUAGCGCCUCUAGUGUUCAUUUCACCAAGAAAACUGCUGACAUACAGUAUGUACAAUGAGCUACAUAAAAAUAAUUUAGCAAAAAUGUAGAUAAAGUAACGUUAUUGUUGAUGUCUGUGUUUCUACCUACAUUGAUUUUAAACAUUUCUGAUGUCCAGUUUUACAACUGUAUAUUCUCUCCAAAAAAAAAAAUCUUAAUAAAAAAUGCAAAAUGGCA